ACCCGCCUUUUACAAAUAAUACAAUUUCAAUCGAUUGGAAAACUUUUGAGUGUCAUAAAAUAUACCGUAAAGCAAUAAAGGCCUCAAAUUCUUGUUUUGAAUAUCUCUGUAAGAAACGGUACACCUAGUUGGAAAUAAAUUCACUGGGGAUUAAUGUUUGUUUUAUCGUCAGAUCUGUCAAAGCACGCAGUUAUCAAUAAUCGACAGAGCGGUACAAGUUGGACAUCACUGAGAUAUUUACCACCCUUACAUGAAAUAGAAAGAGAAUGGCAACCUUGCUUAGAACGAAUACCAGUUUAUCACUUUUCAGGAGCAGAGCUGUUGCAAGGCGGAUGGAACAAAUGGAAUUCUGCAGGGCAUUCAGAUAUGUUCUCAAAGUUAUCCGUAGCUACUGAACCCGACUGGUAUACACGGAGGCAGCAAGAUAUAUACAAUGCUGACAGGAAGUUCUGUGAGCACUGGUCAUAUGAUAGAUGGAGUAAGCCGAACAGCUUUACUGUUUUGUGUUUUCAACGUCUAGCUUCAGUGGAAAAUGCAACACUUCCACGUAUCCCUAGGAAGCAGAACGGGUAGAAUAUACAGUUAUUGAAAAUUUCUUAAGCUGCAAACAAACGAAGUUAACAUGAGAAUGGGCCAAGAAAUUACUGACGUAAAAUAUACUAACGAUUCAUAUAAUAGGUGGUAUCUCUCACAGUCUAUGCAACACAUUUCAUUUUCAUUCAACAGUGAAACAAUAAAUAUUGCCCGAAGGGGUUGAUUUAUGUUCAUACUUACAUUAUGAAUAUAUUCAAAUUCAGCCAGUUCUAUUCUAAAAUGACAUGAAAUAAUUUAUUUGUCAUGUAUAUAUGAAGAAUUUAAUCAGGAUAAAAAAAAUCAUGCUUCACACCGGCUAGUGAAACACGUUUAGUUCAUCUACAGUUACAGGUUUCAGCAAUUCAAAAGUUUUCUUAGUGAUUCGCUUGACAAUCUCUCCC